UGGUCGCAGGUGUUAAAACGGGAGGUUUCUCUGUCUCUCUUAGCUUGUUUUAGUUGGUUCUUUGGUGAUUUAUAGCUCUUUUAAAAAAAAAAAGCUAUGAUGGUCAUUUUAAGCAGAAACGUGAUGUUUCUUGUUGCAUUUCUUGUCUUCAUGUUGCUCAAUUGUGGAAAUGCUAGACGGCUUUUCACACUGAAGAAUGAAUCCUUAUCAUCCCAGGAUCAUAAUGGAACCACAAAUGAGAAGAAGCUUAGUGCCAUAGCAGGUGUGAGAACCUUUACUAAUGUGGAGGAGGGAGAGGCACGGGUUGUUGGUGGGAGAGAGGCAUGGCCUCACUCCUGGCCUUGGCAGGUACUGCUGACUUUCGCCAACAUACCAGCCUGUGGUGGAGCCGUUCUCGACCAGUACUGGAUUGUCUCAGCUGCCCAUUGUUUCAGACGAUAUUCCCAAGAAUCAUACUGGGCAGCGAAGGUUGGGAAGCAUGAUCUGACAAAUGACACCGAGUCAUGCCAACAGACUGCCAAAGUGGCUAAAAUCAUCACUCAUGUGAACUAUAACAGCGUAACCAAAGAGAACGACAUCGCCCUGCUGAAGCUACAGACUCCGUUAAUGUUUGAUGAAUGUGUGAGGCCCAUCCCCGUCUGGAGCGGAGACUCGGCAUUAGUGAAUAAAUGCACUGUUACAGGCUGGGGUUUCACGUCUGAGAGUGGCCCUCGAGCUGACCGACUACAAGAAGCUAAUGUUACCAUACUGGAUUCUAAUUCUUGUAUCAAAUUAUAUGGAGGGCUUAUCUAUUCCUCGAUGGUGUGUGCAGGAGAAAUGGCUGGAGGUGUGGAUGCAUGUCAGGGAGAUUCUGGGGGUCCUCUGUCAUGCUUCACAGGAACACGCUAUGAAGUCGCCGGACUCGUUAGCUGGGGUGUGGGCUGUGCUCGUGCUCUAAAACCAGGAGUCUACACCAGAGUUACUUUAUAUAUCCAAUGGAUAAAUUCCACAAUGGAUGGUCAGCUUGGAGCUGAUUACAUGUUCAAGGACUUAACAGCAAAAACACAAUUGGCUCAUCCCAAUGUUGAUACAGUAAAAAACUGUGGCAAGGCUGAGGUGGAACCCUGCAAACUGGAUCAAGGUUAUGUAGGUUUGAAAUCCUCUGCCAGUGGUGAGAUGAGGUUGGUAAACGUGACUGAGGCGUGUCCACACUCCUGGCCCUGGCAGGUCAGCUUGCAAAGCGAAGGCACUCACUACUGCAGCGGUACCCUCAUUGAUGAACGCUGGGUUCUGACUGCACGCCACUGUCGUGCUGAAGCUGGAGAUAUGGUGGCACUCGGUGCUCAUGAUCUCGAUUCGAUGGAAAUUCAGCAAGUGCCAAUCAAGGAAGUUUACAGCCAGCCUUAUGAUGGCAGCUUCCCUCCACUGCAUGACCUCGCCCUCAUUUACCUGAGUGUUCCAGCUCCACUAGGAUCUUCAGUAAACCCAGCUUGUAUCCAAGAUGAAGACUUGACGUUUGAUCAAAGCUCCUUUUGUGUGACAACAGGAUGGGGUUAUAAAAGGUUAUCGGACUUGAGUCCCGAUAUUCUCUAUCAGGCCCGAGUGAGUCCACUACCUGAGCAGGCCUGCUGGAGUGGCUGGGGUCAGGUUUUCAGCUCCACUGUCCUGCUGUGCACACAACCUGCUGCCUCAUCAUCCUGCCUGGGUGAUGCUGGUGCACCACUUUUGUGCCAAAAGAAUGGACAAUACUAUCUGGCUGGCAUGAUGGCACUGGGGCUUAAGCGUUGUGAUCAAAUGAAACCAGCCAUAUUUACCAGUCUGUCCAGUUUCCAGUCCUGGAUUACGGACAUUAUGGAAAACGAAGGACAAUGAAAAUAAUGCACAUUUUAAUUGUUUUGUAUGUUUUGGAGUAUGACAAGUGGUCCUGAAAUGCAUUAAAUAAGUUUACUCAAA